AUGGCUUCAUACCGGAUGAGGCUCUCCUACCAGAAGCUGAGGAAGGGGCGAGCAGAGCUCGAAGGUGGCCUGGAAGAGGAGGACGAAGAAGAGGGCGGCGGUGGCGGCGGACGGAGGGAAGACCCGCCGCAAAGAGCGGCGGCGGCCUCCCGGAGGAGCGGCGGGUGGCUACGACUGGGCUGGCGGCGGCGGAGGAAGGGGAGUCGGCGGUGGCGGCGGCUGAGGAUCCUCCGGCUUCUGAGGAGGAAGGCGGGUUUGGUGAGGGCGUCCCUCAGACGGGUGGUGAGGAGGUUCAAAGAGGGCAGCUCCCAGUUUGGGGAUCUCUUCGCCGGGAACUACCUCUUCGUUCAGGUCACCCCGGCCCCUCUGCGUCACCCCCAGCUAAAGUCCUCCCCCGCGGCCCUGCCGUGGGCCACCGGAACUGAGCCGCAACGGGCACAGAAUCCCCCGGGAACCACCUCUCCGUUCCGGUCACCGCCGCCCCUCUGA